GCUCCAAGCAUUUAAGCAUUCAUACUGCUGAUGCUCCACAUCACAGAGACUGGAUGCACUGAUUUACCUUCAGGUACUUGUUCCUGCCCAAAGCUAUGGGAAGCUUCAACACCAGUUUGGGAGGAGGCUUCAUUUUGGUGGGCUUCUCAGACUGGCCUCAACUAGAAAUCAUCUUCUUUAUUUAUAUUUUGAUUUUCUACUCUCUAACUCUCUUUGGCAACACCACCAUCAUUGCUCUUUCCCGAAUGGACCCUCAAUUACACACUCCCAUGUACUUCUUCCUCUCCCACCUCUCCUUCCUGGACCUCUGCUUCACCACCAGCACUGUGCCCCAGCUCCUGAUCAACCUUCAUGGACUUGACAGGACCAUCAGCUAUGGAGGGUGUGUGGCCCAGCUGCUCAUAUCUCUUGCUCUGGGCUCCACAGAGAGUUUGCUCCUGGUGGUGAUGGCCUUUGACCGCUAUGCUGCUGUGUGCCGUCCACUGCACUACAUGACCAUCAUGCACCCCCUUCUCUGCCAGGCAUUGGCUGUUGUCUCCUGGGUGGGAGGCCUCGUGAACUCUCUGAUCCAGACAAGCCUCAUGAUGACCAUGCCCCUCUGUGGCCAUCGACUGAAUCACUUCUUCUGUGAGAUGCCUGUGUUCCUCAAGUUGGCCUGUGAAGACACAGAAGGAACAGAGGCCAAGAUGUUUGUGGCCAGAGUGGUGAUUGUUGCAAUUCCAGCUGUGCUCAUCCUGGGCUCCUAUGCUCAGAUUGCCAGGGCAGUGCUGAGGGUCAAGUCAACAGCUGGGCGCAGAAAGGCUAUUGGGACCUGUGGUUCCCACCUCCUGGUAGUUUCUCUGUUUUAUGGCUCAGCCACCUACACAUACUUACAGCCCAAGGACAGCUAUUCUGAGAGCAAAGGGAAGUUUGUUGCCCUUUUUUAUACUAUCAUCACCCCCAUGUUCAACCCUCUGAUUUAUACCCUGAGGAACAAGGAUGUGAAGGGGGCUCUGUGGAAGGUGUUAGGGAGAGGAACAGCCACAGGAUAGGAAAGAACAGGUGAGCAGUGAAAAGUUUUAUAUUCUGUCAGUCCAGAGGGUUUCAGUGGGAGAGAGGAGUUGGAUGUCAAUGUAAGCACAAUUAAUUAUGUACAUUCAUGUGACUGUCAAAGCAUAUAAAAAUAGAAAAACAAAAACAAAAACAGUCCUGGGCUGGCAAGAUGGCUCAGCAGAAAAAGGAUUUGCUGCCCUGAA